UGACGCUUUAUGCAUUAUAAAAUCCUGAGACUGAGGCUGAAUUUCUCCACUGAGACGGAUGAAGAUCUGUGAUCCUCCAGCAUUAAACUCCAGCAGCGUUGAGGACAUCAGCACUAAUGCAACAUCACCACUCUGUCUUCCCAUCGGAGACAACCCCUACCCUAAAUGUGAUGUCGAUCUUGGAAAAGAUGACAUCUUUAACUCCAGUUCAGGAAACGACACUAUCCCAAUGCCAUCGACUGCAGUUACUGAAUCAGUCCUCACUACAACCUUAACCACAAGAGUUUUCAUUCCAAAAACUCUGGAAUCAAGUACAACAACCACUCCUACGGUACAACAAUCUGCAAAUUCACAGGAAGAAACAAAGUUCUCGACCAAAACACCAACACUGAUUCCCAUGAUAGUGGAUGAGAUGGUGCAUAAAAAUCAGGAAGAUGGACGGAACGCGACCGAGUCUACGAACUGCACCGUUGACCCCUGCGUUCACCUCCAAGACACCUGCUUCAACACACCCGACCCGACAUGCAUCUGUCCCGGCGUGACCUCAGACUCGCAGCCUCCUGACAGCCCCACCUCGCUCGCGGUCACGGCGGUCACUUACAGCGUACUGCUAGUUACGUGGUGUGCGCCGUACUCACUGGUAAUGCAGUACUUGUUAGGUGUCCGACACGAGGGUUUAACGCAGAAGAACCUGAGUUUCAGCUCUGCGGUCCGUCAGGUGUUCAUAUCAGAUCUGGAGGCGGAUAGCAUUUAUCAUAUCUGCUUACAGGCCGUGAACGGCGCAGGAUCAUCAGGCCCUAAAUGCGCCUCGGUCCGGAUGGGUUUAAACACAGAGGUGUAUUUAUACAGUCUGUUAGUGGUGUGUGGAGUCCUGGUGCUGAUUGUGGCAACACUGAGCUUCGGUCUGUAUAAACAGUGUAAGAAAGCACCGGUGGAGAACCCACAUCUAACCCGGUUAAUCUCCAUCCCCAAUCCAGCGUUCUUCAACCCAUAG